AUGAAUUAUCCGCCUCCAUUAUCAGGGUUUCAAAAGCCUGGUGGGCAAGCGGUGCCUCAGAUGGUAGCUACACCACAAUCUGUUGCCCAGCAACUUCAUCAGCAUCCUCCCGGUUUGCUUGGAGCCCAGGGCAAUCAGCACCAGAUUCCACAUCAACAUCAACAUCAACAUCAACACCAACAUCAACAUCAACAUCAGGCGGGACAGCUCAAUAAUGUUGUCCCUAUGAUGAUGAACCAAGUACAAGGUGUGAUGCCUGGUGGGGCUAGUGGUCCACAACAGGCCGUGGGUCCUCCCAAUGUGGGAACUCCAAAUGCGUCACAGGCCGCGUUAGUUGCCCAGCAACUAUCCAAUGCGAACAACCCUUUAUGCCAUCCGCAUUUAACCGAUCAUUCUCUUUUAAACUCACCAAUUUGGAAGCUACAGCUUCAAUUGGCAGCCAUUUCUAGACAAUCGUUGGGACAGUCAAACGUAUACGCAAGACAAAAUGCCAUGAAGAAAUUUUUGAACAAUCAAAACCAAAUGGGUCUAUCCAAUACCGGACCAGAUGGUAACCAAUUGCAAGGAAACCAAACACAGCAAGGCCUACAAAACCAACAGCAACAACAGCAGCAACAACAACAGCCUCAACAAGCACAACAGCAGGUUAACGGUAAUGACGCUUCUAUGUCUCUAGUGGAACACACCAAGCAACACUUAAUGGAAAUGGCCUCAUCAGGUAAUGAAGCCAGUGCUGGUGUUGUCAAUUCGUCUUCAGAGGUAAACUCUACAGGUUUCUCCACUCCUAAUACUCCAAAGGCCGAGUUGCAUCCUAACACUCCAUCAAUGCUCUUACAACACAAGAAAUUGUCUCAGUACAAUAUUGACGAGGAUGAUGAGGUGGAACAUCGUAUGGUGGCACCAUCUAGCUCAAAACACGAUGAUCAGUUAUGGCAUGCAUUGGAUCUUUCAAAUCUAGCACUUUUCAACUUGAGCGAAAAACUUUUCGACUAUGAGUUUUUAACCCGUUUGUAUUUGAAUGGUAACAAUCUCACUUCAUUGCCUUCUUCCAUCAGGAAAUUGAGAAACCUUAGAGUUUUAGAUUUGUCCCAUAACAGACUAACGGAGUUACCAAAGGAACUCGGAAUGUGCUAUCAACUAAAGUAUCUAUACUUUUUCGAUAAUAUGAUCACCACUAUACCAUGGGAAUUCGGUAACUUGUUUAACCUACAAUUCAUGGGAUGUGAAGGUAAUCCGUUGGAUAAAAUGCUAGUGAAAAUAUUAGCCGAAAAAUCUGUUACAGGUCUCAUCUUUUAUUUAAGAGAUAACGCACCUGAAAUUCCAUAUGAACACGAUAGAAAAUUCAUUGAGAUUUCGAGCGAUGGAGAACCAAUUAAUGAAUACGAGUCACUACAAGAAAAUGCCGAACAUUUGAAUAACAAUUUGUUAAACAACAGUUUCACGUUGUUAUCAUAUAACACCUUGUGUCAUCAUUACGCAACUCCUAAGAUGUAUCGCUUUACCCCGUCUUGGGCUUUGAGCUGGGAUUAUAGAAGGGAGAAGCUCAAGGAACAGCUAUUGGAUUUUGACACAGAUGUUAUUUGUUUGCAAGAAGUAGAAACUCAAACUUACGAAGAAUACUGGGUUCCACUGAUGGAAAAGCAUAAUUAUAGAUGUCUUUUCCAUGCCAAAACAAGAGCCAAGACUAUGCCAUCUAAAGACUCCAAAAAGGUCGAUGGGUGUGCUAUCUUCUUUAAAAAGGAUCAGUUCCAAUUGGUUUUCCAAGAUUCAAUUGAUUUCAGCUCUACUUGGAGAAGUCACAAGAAAUUCCACCGUACAGAAGAUUACUUAAACCGUGCUAUGAAUAAAGACAAUGUCGCACUAAUCGCUGAAUUGAAACAUUUAGAGACCAAUGAAAACAUAUGGGUUGUCACAACACAUUUGCACUGGGACCCUCAAUUUAAUGAUGUUAAAACAUUCCAAGUCGGUGUGAUGUUGGACUACUUAGAGACUUUAAUUAAGCAGCAAAACCACAUCAAUAAUAAUAACGACAUCAAAAAGGUUCCAAUGGUCAUUUGUGGUGAUUUCAACUCGCAAUUGGACUCUGCUGUGGUGGAACUCUUUAAUAGCGGACAUGUCUCAUCAAACCAUAAGGAUAUCGAAAAGAGAGAUUUUGGUUACAUGUCACAGAAGAAUUUCUCUCAUAAUUUGACAUUAAGAUCAAGUUACAGUGUCAUCGGUGAGCUACCAUUCACUAACAUGACACCAUCUUUCACCGAUGUUAUCGACUAUAUCUGGUACUCUUCACAGUCACUACGUGUUCGUGGUUUGUUAGGUAAAGUUGACGAGGAUUAUGCAUCUAAGUUUAUUGGUUUCCCUAAUGAUAAAUUCCCUAGUGAUCAUAUUCCUCUAGUAACAAGAUUCGAGAUUUCAAAGGGUAGCAAUACUCAAACAUCAAGCAGGAGGGUGUAA